CGCUCAGAGAGUCUCAGAGAGCCAAGGCAGCACUGCAACAAUCAUGACUGUCUUCUAGACUUCUGCAUACAGAUAUGUAUCAUUUCAAAUUAAUUUUGAAGAAUCUGUCGCUGUUGUUCAUUUUUGUGGAACACGUUAAACCUGCAGUAUUCUCAGACGGCUGGAAGCAUGCAUAUGCAGAAGACAAACUCUUUAAAAAACUCUUCAUCGGAUAUAAUAAGUGGUCCAGACCGGUGCGGAACAUCAGUGAUGUUGUUAUCGUCAAAUUUGGCCUGUCGAUUGCCCAGCUUAUUGAUGUGGAUGAGAAAAAUCAAAUGAUGACAACAAACGUUUGGCUGAAACAGGAAUGGAAUGAUUAUAAACUGCGCUGGAAUCCAUCUGAAUUUGAUAAUGUGACGUCUAUUAGAGUCCCGUCAGAGAUGAUUUGGGUGCCUGAUAUUGUCUUAUACAAUAAUGCAGAUGGUGAGUUUGCGGUGACCCACAUGACCAAAGCCCACCUGUUCCACACAGGAAAAGUGAGUUGGGUUCCUCCAGCCAUCUACAAGAGCUCCUGCAGCAUUGACGUCACCUUCUUCCCAUUCGACCAACAAAACUGCAAGAUGAAGUUCGGCUCCUGGACCUACGACAAGGCCAAGAUUGACCUGGAGCAGAUCGAGAGCACCGUGGACCUGAAGGACUACUGGGAGAGCGGCGAGUGGGCCAUCGUCAAUGCCGUGGGAACCUACAACACAAAGAAAUACGACUGCUGUCAUGAGAUCUACCCGGACAUCACCUACUUCUUCAUCAUCCGCCGUCUGCCUCUGUUCUACACCAUCAACCUCAUCAUUCCCUGCUUGCUCAUUUCGUGUUUGACCGUGUUGGUGUUCUACCUGCCGUCAGACUGUGGAGAGAAGAUCACCUUGUGCAUUUCCGUCCUCCUUUCCCUCACAGUUUUCCUGUUGCUCAUCACCGAAAUCAUUCCCUCGACGUCUCUAGUCAUUCCACUGAUUGGAGAGUACCUGCUCUUCACUAUGAUCUUCGUCACCCUCUCUAUAGUCAUUACUGUUUUUGUGCUUAACGUGCACCAUCGUUCACCAAGCACACAUAAAAUGCCCCGCUGGGUCCGUUCGGUGUUCCUGGACCUCAUUCCCCGCUGGCUCUUCAUGAGACGCCCGGAACCUGAUCAGAAACGCCGCAAUACGGCCAACCCCAGCACGUCCAAAAGCUGGCUUCAGCAGGAGACGGAUGUGGACGGGCUGAACUCUCAGGACAUGGAGUUCGUGUUAGGGAUGGGAAUAUCAACGUCCAUCUCGCCCCCAUCUGCCAGGCCUCUGCAUCUGUCCGACUCGCAGCCUUUACUCCAGCAGUUGGGACAUGUGAUGAACCAGCAUCCAGCAAAGCUUACAUAUCUCAUGUCAGACCACAGUCUGACCUUCUCACCGUGUGUCCAACGAGCUCUGGACGGGGUUCGGUACAUCGCUGAUCACCUGCGUGCUGAGGAUGAAGACUUCUCAGUCAAGGAGGACUGGAAAUACGUGGCAAUGGUGUUUGACCGGAUCUUUCUGUGGAUGUUCAUCAUCGUGUGCCUGCUGGGAACGGUCGGCCUCUUCUUACCUCCCUGGAUAUCAGGAAUGAUCUAAACGCUCGCUUUAAGAGCUGAGAUACUGUACAGACCGACAUCUAUCGCUCCUAUAAAGACUUCCCUGAUGGAAGCCAAGGCUUCUCUUCCAGCGACCAUUACAAACAUUUGUUAUAUGAAAAAGGUUUUUUAUUUCUUCCAGGGAUUAUUUGAG